AUGACGGCGGCGGUUUCCAGUCGUAAGAUAAAACCGCGAACGUGGCAGUACAUCGCAGCUACCUACGAUUACAUAACGGGGUACGCGAAGUUGUACCUUGAUGGUAAAGUGAUAGCGCAAAGGAGAAUCGGAAGGAUUCGACUUGCCACAAAUUAUCCCGUCAGAAUGGGCGCCAGAAGAGGCGACAGGCGGUAUUUCCGGGGCCGAAUCUCUUGCGUAAUGGUGUUUGAUGUCGCACUGAAUCCCAAUCAGAUUGCACGAAGGAAGAAGCGCUGCUUUAGAGGUGGGCCGCCUGGACCAAAAGAAACAGCUUGCAAACCCAAGAUUGACCUCACAUUUGUAAUUGACGCUUGCAGCGAAAACGAUCGUUUCACCAAAGCUAACUUCGUCCGAGUCAAGAACUUCUUGAUUCAUUUAAUCGGCGAGUUCAGUAUCUCGGUUAAACGAGUGCGAGUAAGCUUGAUAUUGUACGCGCAGUACCCCAAACUCCUAAUUAGCUUCAGCGCCCGAAAACCCUACAUCGUCAGAGUCAUUAACAACAUGAAGCUAGUGUGCGGUGCGCGCUACACCGGGGCAGCGCUGAAGUACUCUUACACUAAAAUCAUACGGCGGACCUCGAGGAAAAGCGUCCUGGUUUUGAUGACGACCGGAGCGUCCAGAGACGACGUACGUGGAGCCACCGCGUUGCUGCAGCGGUCGAGAGUAGAACGUUUUAGUGUGGGUAUCGGAAGGCGUUAUAGCUUUAGUGAACUGCAGUACAUCGCUAGCGAUCGACGCCAUGUAUACACCGCCGCCUACAGGAAUCUAGAGUCCAUUGUCACUCUGGUCAAAAAGAAGAUCUGUAAAUCAGAUAAAUAUGUACCACCUGUGAAACCAAUCAUACCCUAUCCCAGGCCCCCGACGCGUCCGCCUACCCGUCGUCCUCCUAAGCCCGGUAAGAGACCUCUUUUAACCGUACACAGGAGUUCUUCAACCAUCAAUAUACAUGGGUUAUUGACCAAGCGUAAGGUCAAGAUGGCUGGAUAUUGGCUAAAAAGGAACGAGGUUUAUAUUCAACCAUGUUGACCUAACAAAUUUGGUCAAUAAAGGAUAUGUUGUAUGGACUUUGAUGAACCUGCCUCGGCUUAGGGGAAACUUUUUCUUGCCAGACACAGCGCGUAAUCUCGAGCAGGCAACAUAGCGCCAUCUUUUCCGCUCGGGUAUAUGUAGCCAAUAGCGCUGGAUUUGGUUCAUCUUGCGUGCUCACAGAGCUAGGCAUAUAAGUAACAAUCAGACUCAUAGCCCGCAAGGGCUACGGGUCAAUAGCCCAUG